AUGUCUCCUGUAUCCAAUGGUGGCAGUACUAAGACAGAAAUCGAUGACUCUACUACGUUGCUUACAAUGCUCAAAGUUGCAGCUGCAACGAAUACCAAUGGAGUUCCUCGUGGACGGGAAACUGAGCUGAAACGGAAGAUUCAAACAUUGGAGGAAACCGUAGCUGAAUAUGAGCGGCAAAAGUACAACGUCAUGGGAACCUUCAGCGAAUACAGAGAGCGAGUAGCCGAACGAGAACGCAAGUUGGAAGCGGAAUAUUCCAGCAAAAUAAUCGCGCUCUCUGAAGAAGUGCUAGGAGCCAAAAAAGAUUUCGAAGCUCGUAUGAAGAGUUUCCAGGCACUUCAGGACAAAUUUGAACGAGAGAAGGAGCAGGCGCUGGAAAAGUUGAGACAAGAGCAUCAAAAGGAAAUCCAGCUGUUAGAGCAACGAUUUUCUGAGUCACAAUUAUUGAAUUUGGAACAGAAGUACAUGAUUGAAAUUCAACGAUUGGAAGAAGAGCGGAAAUCACUGCGAUCUGAAAAAGAGCGACUAGGGGAAACGUUCGAGAUGAAGUUGCGUAGAGCACAAUCGCUUUAUGAAACGGAGCUCACAGCAGCUAAGAUGCUCUACACCAAGGAACUUGAAGCGCUCAGGGACCAUGAAGAGGCGCUGAAAGACGAACUUUUGGCGAGGCAAGACGAGUUUCAUGACCGCCUACAAGAACUGCAACAUCAGGCCAGAAGAAGCAGGGAGGAGCUAGCCAACUGCAAAAACGAAGUGGAAGCACUUGAACGCAAACUUGACUCGAAAGAGCUUGAAGUGCAAGCCAUUAGUAAGGAGCUGGAAGAUGCUCGAGCAGAGACGAACGAUGCAUUAAAACGACUUUCGCAUUCAACAAGUGAAUACAAUGCACAUAGACAAAAAUAUCAACAACAAGAGGAGGAGCUGAGAAAGAAAUCCAAGCUUUUGAAUGUGGUAGAGGCCGCCAAAGCAAAGCUUGAAGUUGUCAUUCGUGAUUUGCAGACUGAAGUUCGAGCACUUAAGAACAAGGUAGAGUUUCUGGAGAAAGAACGUGCAAACCUUUUGAGUCAAAGUGAGAGCCAAGCCAAAUUGCACAACUCUCAAGUGAACGCGCUUGAAGCGGUUCUCGAAAGUGUGACUAAAGAAAAAGAAGCAACGAAGGAACAUUACGAAAGCCUCUUGGUCAAAGAGAGACAACAGGCAGAAGCACGGGAACACGCAAUGAAGAAGGAGUUCAGCAGUAAGCUCAAUGAGCUUGAAGAACAGUACACGAGUCUGAAGGACGACCUGGAGCACUCGGCUAGAAUGGAUCGAGAUGAGCUGAGAGAGAUGACCCAACAUGAGAUUUCUGCCUUACGCACAGAGAAGACUUUACUGGAAGCCGAGGUCACAGCUUUGAAGCAAAAAUUUCUCGAUGAUCAUGACUCUGAGGAUCAAGUCACGCAACAGUUGAGUAUUAUGGUAACCGAAACGGCAGGACUGACUAGGAUUCUAGAUGAGUAUCGGGAACGAAUCGGUAAUAAAGACAAGGAAAUCACUUCGCUACGACGUCGUCUUGAGCAGGAACAGACACUAUCCGAAGAGCAGCUACGAGCAAUCAAAGAAGAGUUAAAAAGUGAAAUUUUGUCAUCGGAUGACUACCAAAACAAUCUCAUGGAAAUAGAGCGUCUUCAUUCACAAAUAGCCGACUACGAAAGGAAACGCGAAAAAGAAGAGGAAUUCGAAGAAGAGCGCGCGCAGAAUGAGAGGAAGUUGCAGGAAGAGAAUGAAAAGCUCAAGGCUCAAGUUAGGAGUUUAGAGGAGGCCAACCAAAGUGGAGAGGUGGACAUCCUGAAGUCGGCUCUGACAGAAAAAGACAGCAAGUUAGGCAUCCUUGAAGAAGAGCUGACCAAGCUUAAAGACGAAAACGCAAUGCUCCAUAAGGAGAGCGAACGAAACAAGAACUCCAAUCAAGCGCUGCAAAAUGAGGUGACCGCACUAAAGAAUGAUAACAAUGAUAAAACCAACCAAAUCGAAUCUCUUCACACACGGGUAAAAGAGCUUCUCGAGCAAAUGGGUACCAUCAGGGAAGAAUUGGAAAAGAAAAACAUUGAAAUUCAACAUAUUGGCGAACGGGCGGACGUGUUCAAAUUCGAGACUUCACAAUUGGACACAGAUGAGAAACUGAAGCAUAUGAAAGUAGAACAUGAAAAAACUGUGGAACAUCUCAAGCAGCGCGAGACCGACUUGAAGCAACAGUUGGAAGAACUACGUCAGGAAAUUAGCGCCAGCCAAACGUCAAGGGAGGAAUCCGAGAAUAUCGCUGAACAGUUGAAAGAGGAAGUCAAGCAGAAGGCAGAAAUGAUGCAACAAAUGGAGAAGGAUUUGAAAGAGAAAAAAUGCCUUUUACAUGACAAAGAACAAGAACUUGGAAAGAUGGAAGCCGAAAUCUGUUCGAUGGAGGAAAAAAUGAAGGCAGACAAGGAGCAUUACGAAGAGGAACUCCGCAAAUUGCAAAGUGAAAUGUCUGGAAGGAAGGAGCAGGAACCUGAAGACAAGACAGUCGAAACCUUCACCACUGAAAUGCAGACAGAUCCUAUUAGUACACCCACAGUCGUUCCCAUAGUGGAUCUCGCUCGAGAAAAAGAACUGAAGUCACGGAUAGCAGAGUUGGAGCAUGCUUUAGAAAUAAAAAAUGACCUCAUUGAAAAGCUCCACGAACAACUACCCGACAUUUCUCGAGAGGAUAUAUCGCUAAAGAAAAAGGACCGCUCGCAAAGUAUGACCACCGGUGGAGUAUUUCAAAACUUCGUCAGCCAGAUGAAAGAUAAACGUGACGAAGCAAACGAACGAAAUCGGAAAAGGGAAGUUGAAAAGAAGGCAGCCAAGGAGGCUAGAGAGAUUAUCAAAGAAAAGUCGCCUCUACGAUCCAAAUCACCAUCACUGCUAACGCGCUUUCGAGAACGUAGUCCUGUCAAAACGCGUUCGGCGCUUGACAAUCUAGAAUUAACGCCAUCAACAUCAAGCAGAAACCUCCUGUCACCAAUCGACGCCGAUCGGCUUGAACGAAGAGGAUCUCCGUCACGUCCAUUGUUUAGUAGGUAUCGUAAGGAACAACGGGAUGCCGAAAAACGGCCUGCUUGGAAGUUUUAG